AUAAAGUUUUGAGGUUAAGUUUAAUACGAAUAAACAAAACAUUUUCAAAUCACGAUGUGAAAAUGAAUAAAACAUUUUGGAUAUUUUAUUUAGUUAUUUUUUUCUUUCUAAACUUUUUUUACUGCUUAGACAAACAAAAUUUUUGCUCAAAAGAAGAUGCUACUACUAACGGUUGCUCAGACAAUCAAAACAUUCAUUUAUAUAAGCCCCAAACACGAUAUAUUUUAUACGAUGUAAACCCCUCCGAAGGAUUUAAUCUCCGGCGGGAUGUAUAUUUAAGAUUAGCAAUAAUGGUACACAAUUUUAAAAAAUCAAAAAAUCAUAAAUUAAGCACACUUAAAUUAGUUUUACCACCAUGGCCACAUUUAUAUCAUUGGCAAUCGAAAGAUAUAUUCGACCAAAGACGUUUACCUUGGAGUUUAUUCUUCGAUAUACCUAGCUUGCAAAAAUUUGCUCCGGUUAUAGAAAUUAGCGAUUUUUUUGCAGAAGCGAAUUCCGCUUCAAUAGAUGAAACAUACACAUUAGAAAAUUUUGAAGAAAUGUUUGAAUCUGGUGUUUUUGUCGAUAAAGUUGAAGUUCGGGAUUGUAAACGAAGGCAUAUUAAUAAUUUUUAUGGCUACCCGAAUAUUUCAAGUAAAAUAACAACGUGUUUGGGAUUUCAAGGCCACACCAGUAACUUAAAAACAAUUUUUGAAAAAUCAGAUUCUCAAAUAUUUAUGUUUAAUCGCGCCGAAAUAUUUUUGCAUGACGAAUACGGAGGAAAAGCAUUUUGGGAAGCUCGACGAAGUAUGCGAUUUAAUAAAGAACUUGUUAAAAUCGCCAAAGAUUUUCGUAAAAAAAAUUUCAACUCAACUGAUAAGUUAGACGGUAUCAAUCGUCCCGAUGAUUGGACAUUAGAAAAACCAAAAAGAAGCGCCAAAGGUGGAAACUAUCUUUGUGUUCAUUUGCGUAGAAAAGAUUUUAUUCAAGGACGUCCAAAUGAUGUGCCAAGUUUAGAAAGCGCUUCCAAGCAACUAAAAGAAUUACUAGAAAAGUUAAAAUUUGAUAAUAUUUUUAUUUCCACAGAUAGUCCCGAAGCAGAAUUUAAAAAAUUAUCAACUUUAUUAAAAUCUAAAAACAACAAUAUAAAAACAAAACGUUUUACACCAUCUGAAGAACAAAAAGAAAAAUAUAAAGAUGGUGGCAUAGCAAUUAUUGAUCAACUUAUAUGUUCACAUGCUGCCUAUUUUGUGGGAACACAUGAGAGUACAUUUACAUAUAGGAUACAAGAAGAACGUGAAAUAUUAGGCUUUCCAGAACAUACAACAUUCAAUCAAUUAUGUGGAAAUGAUAAUCCAAAAUCAUGUAAAAAAUCAUCUGUAUGGAAAAUUGUUUAUUAA